AUGGAGAACUCAAACUGUAGGGAAAGGUGGAACAGAACAGGGAUCGAUGAUAACAUGCUGGCCAUGUUUGAUGCCUCCGAAACCAAUGAUGCUCACCCUGAUGCCCUAGAUGACAGGAUUACUUUUCUUGAUGUUGUUCGCGCUUCUUCAAUUGUGCCUGAACAUGGAAAACCACCCACUUCAAAAAUUUUUAGGGCAGUCUUCCACAUGCUGAGGACAGGGAAUUCUCUAGAAAUGAUUGUGGCAAGUUAUAAGCUUCUGGUAGAUUUAGACAAGCAAUUCCCUCGUGUGUAUUUAUCCCGAUCAUCAUCCAACACUCCAUCAAAAUUGGUUGUGGUUAAAGAGGCAUGGUCCCCAUUUAUUGAUUGCCUGGAUAAUGGCACUGCUGAAGCAGGCGAUAAACAGUCUAGUGGACCUCUUGACCCUUCUAGCUUUCACCUCCUGAUUGAAGACCUCGCUGAAAUAAUAUCUGGGACCAAAUUUCAAGCAGCAAGCAUGGAGUCCUUGAGGAACAUGUUACUCUUUCAGUACCUUGUCAUUGUUUUUGAGGAUGAUUUUCUACCUCGCAAUGCGACCUUGAAGUGGAGCAUGCAGAGGGAUUCUUUGCUCAGCCUGCUACUGGGAUCUAGGAAAAUAAAUUACAAAAGCUUGAUGAAGGAUUGCGUGAUAAUCAUUUGUCAACUAUCUCAACUUCUUCAAGGCGAAUUAAGUAAACGUCUAGAGCUUCAACAAAGCUCUCAAUCUAAGUUAUCCAAAAAUUGUCAUAUUGCAUUAUCCCUUGCUUUAUUUGGAGUAUUAAAGGACACAUGUGUUUCAAUGGAGAAACUUCUAGUGAUGAUUAUGAACCUUGAUAUGGCAAGGAAGAAAGCAGAUAUGGAAGGUCACACUACAAGAGCAGACAGUCCAAGAACACCUUUGAUGGACAUAAUUCUGGAUGAACUAGCUUACAACAAAGAUAGUGUACCUGUUUUUCUUAAGAUCUUCAGUGAACCGAAGUUGAAGCUGGAAAUAGUUGUGCAGUAUCUGUGGAAAUACAUAACCAAGCCUUCUGUUCGCACUCGUAAGACAAGUGAUUAUAUUGAAGAUACAACAUUUGGUGGGGCUUUGAAGUGCUUUUCAAAUAGAACUGGCACUAAGAGCUUAAUGAAAAAAAUUGGUGUAGAUGUAAUUCAAUUACUUCUGGCCCAUGGUUUUCAGGCUCAAUUGUCAAUAUUGUCAAAAGGAAAUGCAGAUGACAACAUCUCUGGUGACAAAGUAGGGGGAGUCGGUGCUCUUGUGGAUUUGUGCCAGACUUUUAUCUCUGCUUUUGAUAGUUUUAGAAGCACGGAUGCGCGUAUGGAGAUAUUGUCGAUUGGAAAAGAGGCACUAUUCACUGCAGCAACUAUUAUCUCCAUGAAAUCAUAG